AUGACUUUGAAAGGCCACCAAGACUUUCUCGAUUCUGUCUCAAAGGAAAGUUUCCAAAUACGUCCUAGACCGACGCCUCCAGUCUCUCCUCGAAAGAGCAAGAAAAAAAGCGACUCUACGAAAGGGAGCGAAAACGACCCUUUUUAUUUUGAAAGAAUUGGCCUCGAAAGACUUUUAGAUGGUAAAGAGACGCCAGAAGCAAUGCAACUAAGACAUUGGGGGUAUGAGAGAACGUGGUCGCAAAUACUUUCUUCUAUUGAGAAAUCACUUUUAGUUGAAAAUUCGGCUUCAUUCAACGAUAUUGUAUCUUUUGUGGAUAAUUCGUAUAGUUCAAUUGAAAUCGAGACCUCUUUUCAGGCUUUUGGUUUACCGUAUCGGGAAAUCCCGACAGCUUUGAUCUUUACGGGGAUCAAUAGCCCUGAUAAUGAAUUGCUGUUCACUCGGAUAGCUCAGCGAUUGCGAGAGGCGAAAUCAAACUAUGUUGUGAUGCUUCAAUCAAAAGAUUGUGGAAGUUUAAAGAUGACCAUGAAAUGUUUGAAUGAGCAAGUUCUUGCCUCUAUGAAUGAUUUCGAAAACCAAGACGAGGAGAUGAAUGAUGCAGAUGACACGGAUGAGAUGACUUUUGAUGUUGAAAAUGAUAAGUUGGCCGAUGGUCAUCUUCAGAGAUACGACAUGGAAGUAUUAGCAGAAUGGUUUGAAGAUAAACGAAAACCGAAUAAUGACGAUAAAUCGUUGCCUGCGAAAAUCGUGAUUUUGAUUCAGGAUUUUGAAGCCUUUGAGCCAAGUGUAUUAGAAGAUUUUAUAUACAUUUGCAGUCAAUACCAAGAUCGCGUUAAAUUCGUACUUUUAUUGGGCAUCGCCACCACAAUUAAUGCUCUGCAACAAGCACUGCCCUCUUCAAUACUUAAUUCGUUAAGGGUGAAAAAAAUGCAAUUGCAAAACUCGGAACGAUGUCUUGGUAGAAUCGUCACUGCGGUUCAAGUGGAAAAUCAUAUUGGCAUAAAACUAGGCAAGAUGCCUUAUAAAUACCUUCAUGAGGUGUUCCUUUUGUAUAAUUACUCAGUUAGCUCUUAUAUGUCUAAAUUGCAGUAUGCCGUCAUGCAUCACUUCUUCUCCAACCCGUUAAGUAUCUUAGCCGGCAUAGAUGAUCAAGAAUUGCCUUCAAGACUUUCGCUUUUAUCCGAGAAUCAUCUUGAAGCAAUCCGCAUGCAAAAAUCUUUUAUGAAAUAUGUAGAAGCUCAACUUCCCGAUUCAGAUGAAGUACGCCGUCUCCUGGAAGACAAUGCCUAUUUGGAAUCUCUCUUGCCUGUACUAAUCAAGGGAAUUGAACAAUAUCAUAAAAAAUUCUCAAUAGCUUUUGAAUGUCUCUGGAUAAUACAGCAGUCGUUAGUUAAUUGUAAAGAUCCGAAAAUUAAUGUCGAUCGGAAAGCUAAACACUCGUUAUACUAUUUGGCGAUUCAGGAGGAUGGAGGGCUUUGCGAUGCCUAUCAUACACAAAAACUUUUAGUAAACCUGAAAAAAAUUGAUUCAUCAUGUCUUUCAGAUUUGCUUCAAAAAUGCCUCGAAUUUUUCUAUGCAAAUCAUUAUGCUGACCCUUGUUUAGCGCAAGAAGUAUCGGAGUUAGAAAAUUUUUUAGUUCGAUUAUGUGAUAUAGAGCAAACUUUUAUUUAUGAAAACAACAAAGGAGAAGAAUCAUCUUCUUCAACAUCUUCAACAAUAUCUUCCACUUCUUCUCGAACAAUCUUAUCUUCCAUUAAAGAAUCAAAGAAUGUAGUGAUCAAGUUUUCCCCGUUAAUUCAAGGUGAAGAAGAGUCAACAAACACACUCUACACGAUUUUAUUGAAACAAGUCUCUGAAUUUUUCGAUACUUUUUUCAAGUCUAAUCUAAAGCAUUAUUCAACUGUAACUCUCCAUGAGGUCGUCUAUUAUGAAAAUGAAAAGCUGUUGAAGCAUAUGUUUUCUGUUCAUCCACGCGCAGCAACCCAAAAAGCACUGGGACAACCUAACCGUUAUAUCAAAUGUCGAUGUUGUGACUACGCUAACGAUGAAGAUGACGAAGACGAAGAGGAAUCUAUCGAGAGAAUAUUUCCUACUCAACAAGAUACAUGCAUCCUAUAUAAAAUGUAUCUCGAGUUUGGUAAGAUGAUCAAUAUGUAUGACUGGUUGAUGGCUUUCAAGUCCAUCUUGGAACGUGAUGGACCAAUCGACGAGAAAGAAGUCCAAGCAAGAUUCAUAGCCGGUGUGACCGAGUUGCAAACCCUUGGUUUCGUAAAACCAACAUCUAGAAAGGCGGACCAUUUUCAACGAUUGACUUGGGCUCGAUAA